AUGUCUUUUUUUGCUUCGUCACUCUGGGCAAAAGGAAAGCAACACUUCAGACAUCAAACCCGCCUUUCUACUUACGGCAGGUCCAUUCACGCCCAUGCAAUAUCUAAUGAUAGCCAGGCUCUUGCAUGCGGUGGAACCGAGGGCGUUAAACUCUGGGAUAUCAAAUCUCGAAAGAACUUACAUGCUCGACUCAUCAUCAUGAGUCCCGUGGUACGAUCAGCUGCGCUGUCUGGAUCACAACAAGACAGGGUAUGGCAGCAACCCUUUGUUAUGGAACUGGGCUGGGUUAUAUUGUAUUUUUACAUUCGUAGCCACAUAGACAUGCAGUAUCAGGAGGCCUGCGCUAGGAGGCUUGGAUCGGGCUUCGAGAUUACCUGUAUGGUGUGGGAUUCAACGUCCUCCGAAGCAAAUACACGGAUUGCAGUGGGAACAAGGGACAAGAUAGUUCAAGUCCUUGUUCUCAACCCGAAUUCACAGCUGCAGGCUGUGUUUUCGGUGAGACUCGACAACACCAUGCCAAAGUCCGUAGCAUUUUCAGAUAAUGGAUGUGUAUAUGUCUUUGGACUAUACGACGGAAACUUCAUCAAGCUGAGAGCUGAUGAUGGCGCAGUGAUAAAGGAAUACAGCUGCCAAUCGGUCAUCGGACACGCAGCAGUGAACCAGAAGAGGGGCGUGUUCGUAGUGGACAAUGCCACUGACGGUGACGAGGAACCAGUUCGAACAUUUGUGACUGCUGUUCCGAGUGUGUCCGUCCCCAAGCAGGUGGCAUUUGGGGCAGAAGGAAGAUUAGUCAUCAGGGGGAGCGACCAUGGAUCAGUGUAUGCAUUCGAGAGGAAAUCAGGGAAGGUAUUCGAGACUCUUUGCCACUCCAAUACAGGCUUGGUACAGACAAUAGCGACACACGAUGUUGACGGGCGCUGUAUAGUCGCCAGUGCUUCACCAGUGCUAGGCCGCGGAAAGGCUACAAUCAACUUAUGGUCCUAUGACUACGGCACAGUGAAGGGAACUCUAACCUCGGAACAAUACUGGUCUACAUCGCGUAUUGUUGCAUAUGUGUUCAAGAUGCUGGUUCAUUUUGGGGCCUUGGUGGUAAUCAUCUGUUUUUUGCUAACAAAUUACUUUAACACAGCGGAAACAUGGUUGGGAGACCUCACCCAACAUAUGAUAAUGACUCAAAUGCUCCCCUUUUCAGAUAAAAGCUUCUUUCGCGGUGCUAAGGUAUUCAAUGAAGUACCAGAAGCCCGAUGUAAAGAGUAG